AUGCCGGUGGCUUACGACGUAAAAUCCAGCUGGGCUGACGAAGUAGAAGAAGAAGGAGACUCGUUGCCGCCUCCAUCAGAGCAGUACAUCAACGGGAUGAAGAUCCUAACCGAGUAUAAAUUAAACGAAGACAACAAGAAAGUAAAAGUAGUCCGUACGUACAAAAUCGAGAAGCGAAUUGUCUCUAAGACAAUCGCGGUAAGAAAAAACUGGCCAAAAUUCGGCGACUCAGUGAACGACAGGCCGGGUCCAAACCCGGCGACCACCGUCGGCGCGGAGGAUGUCUUCAUGCAGUUCAUCUCCUCCAAAGAGGAAGAGAACAAGAUGGAGGAGGACUCGCUGGACAAGCUCAAGAGCAUGGGCGACAAGGGGAUCGUCAAGUGCAGAAACUGCUCCGGAGAGCACUGGACCUCCAAGUGUCCCUACAAAGACACUGUCCUUGCCGGCGGAAAGGUCCCGGACGACAAGAAGCCCGCAGGGCCUCCGGGGAUUUCCGGCGCUGCCGCCGAAGCCGGAAAGAGUGGAAGCAAGUAUGUUCCCCCGAGCAUGCGCGAUGGAGGAAACAAACGCGGAGAUAGCAUGCAGAUGCAGCGCAGAGACGACACCACUGCCAUCAGGAUCUCCAACCUCUCUGAGAGCACCAACGAAGCUGAUCUCGAGGAACUGGUCAAGCCUUUUGGUAUUGUCCAGAAAUUAUACUUGGCUAAGGACCGACAGACCAACUUAUGCAAGGGCUUUGCAUAUGUUCAUUUCAAGUUCAAGUCCGAGGCUGCCAGGGCUAUCAAUCACUUGAAUGGAUAUGGUUAUGAUCAUUUGAUUUUAAGUGUCGACUGGUCCAAGCCUCCUGAGAAGAGUAAUUAA